AUGGCUUCGUGCGACUACGCCACAGAAUUGCACAUUGCGCUGCUCGCCGUCCAACGCGCCACCCUUCUCACCAAGUCCGUGUUCCACUCGCAUGCGAAAGGCACCCUCAACAAGCAGGAUGCGUCACCUGUGACCAUUGGCGACUUUGGCGCGCAGGCACUCAUCAUCAGCGCCCUGCAACACAACUUUCCCCACGAUGAAAUCGUUGCCGAAGAGGAAGCCAAGGAUCUUCGCGAGAAUCAGAACUUGAGACAAACAGUGUGGCAUCUGGUCAACAAUGCUUCGCUAUCCGAUGCAGCUGCAGAGAAAGAGCUUGGUGGAAGCAUAGCCAGUCCAGAGGCCAUGCUUGACAUCAUCGACAAGGGUGACAGCAAAGGCGGAAACAAGGGCAGGAUAUGGGCCAUCGACCCUAUUGAUGGUACCAAAGGCUUCCUGCGCGGUGGACAGUAUGCCGUUUGCCUUGGGCUUAUGGUAGACGGUGAUGUUAAGGUCGGCGUCCUGGGCUGCCCAAAUCUACCAGUCUCUGAUUCCGAGCCUUUGACUGAAGGCAUUGGUUCCGAUGCCACAGACCAAGAAGGCAAGGGCGUCCUCUUUUCUGCUGUGCAGGGACAGGGCGCAAAUAGCAGACCUCUCGGCAAGGGCUCUUUGGCCCCAGCUUCCAAAAUCCAGAUGAAACCGAUCAGCAACAUCUCAGAAGCCACCUUCUGCGAGUCCGUCGAAGCAGGUCACAGCAACCAGGACGACUCAGUCAAGAUUGCACAGAAGCUCGGCAUCACAAAGCCAAGCGUAAAAAUGGACAGUCAAGCGAAAUAUGGCAGUAUCGCACGAGGUGCGGGGGAUCUGUAUUUGCGGUUGCCAGUGAAGAAGGAUUACGUGGAGAAGAUCUGGGACCACGCUGCUGGAGACCUCAUCGUGCGAGAGGCAGGCGGCCAGGUCACAGAUGUGGAAGGUAAGCGGCUGGAUUUCAGCCUGGGCCGAACGUUGAAUGACAACAAGGGUGUCAUCGCUGCACCCAAAGAUGUGCACAAGCAUGUCAUUAAAGCAGUGCAGAGUGUCUUGAGCUCGAAGCAGUAG